AUGGCACCUACCGUUCUUGCUACCGAGAUCACCUCGGGUUCCUUCCAGACGGCUGGCAAAUCUCAAAUUGCCGCCGUCAACAAGAACAACGGCGUCUCGCUCGAUGGCUCAUCCACUCCUUACUCCGCCACCAGCACCGCGGUCUCUGACUACGGAGACAACUCCAAGGCUUCUCCCACGGCCACCGCCGAGUCCCUUGUCGACGCCAACCUACCCUCGGCCCGUCUUUCCCCCACCGACAGCCAAUUCUACGUGAACCUUCUCGCUUCCUCCGCGCCCGGCCCAGCGAGCAAGGCCGGAUCCACCGUCUACGGCUCGGCCAUCGAGGUGAUUGAGGCGCUGGCGGUGCAGGAGAGCGCGGCGGUAUGGGUGUAUGACGACGCCGUGCAGGUUGGCUUUGGCGCCAAGGCGGUCGGAUGGGGAUCGGACAAGGUGUAUCCCGUUCAGAACAGGUCGGGCGCAGGUAUGGAGUUGGCGGGAUACUCUGCCAAGUCUCAAGGCAAGCUCAGCGUCUUUGCGUCCACCACCACCCUCCCCAACCUCGUCUCCUCCCUCGGAAGCAUCAAGGGCGACAACGUCGUUAUCCACCUCGCGACGACCGCACCGGCCGACUCACUCGUCCUUGCCGAUACCCUCUUUGCCGCGGGCGUGCUCAAGAGCUUGACCAACCUUCCGGAGGGGUGGGAGGUGGUCUUCUCGUCCGGCGCAGAGGCGGUCUCCAACGCCGCCAAGAUCUAUGGGGCGGGCGGCAAGUACAUCCACGUCGUCGAGUCCACCUACUCGGGUCGGGAGGUUACCAGCUACACUUUCCCCUCCACCUCGUCCGCCGAGAUCGGCUUCUCCUCGCGUAACGUCGAGGGCAAGGACGUCACGGUCGCCCCGGCCGGACUCUACGCCCAGACCGCAUCGGGCGGGGUCAUCACCCUCCACUCGCUCUCGCCCGCUCCGGACGCACUCGCCGCUGCGCUCGCGGGCAAGUCGGUCUCUGUCGUUGGCGGUACCAAGGCCGACGCGGAUGCACUCAAGGCGGUCGUCCUUUCUGCGCUCUACUCGGCGUCCAGCUCCUCUUCCCAGGUCCUACCCUCGGUCAAGUCGGUCGUCGUUGACGCUGCCGUCCCCUCUACCCAAGGCGUCGCAGACAGCAAGACCAUCUCGUUCUUCACCUCGCCGACCUCUCCCCUCCCGGCGCUGCUGUCUCACCUCUUCCUCUCGUCGCCUUCCCUCCAGGCUCGUCUUGCGGCGUUCGGCUCGGCCUCGUCCCGUGGCGUCAAGUCCAUCUUGGCGCUCUCUCCCUCUGGCACCAAGCCCGCGCCGCUCACCCCGGCGACCAAGGCCCAGGUCGCUUGGGUCUCGGACGCCAACGUCCUCAAGUCCACCGACGUCCUCUCCACGCUCGUGCCCGGCGGCAUCCUCAUUCUCGAGCUGCCCUGGCAGGAAGAGGAGGUGGCUGUCAAGCUGUCGCGCACCGAGAUCCAGACGAUCCAGAAGAACAACAUCCGUGUCUUCCUGCUCGACCUCGACCCCGCAUCGCCUACCCUCCCCAUCAAAGAGGCGGCCGCGUUCCUGCUCCUCUACACGGGCAAGCAGGUCCUUCCCCAGGGCGUCCGCAAGGUUCUUGACGCAUUCUACAAUGGCGAAGUCGGGCGAGAGGAUAUCGAGGAGGCGCAAGCGGGUCUCGGCGAGCUGGUCGCUUCCGAGUGGGCUGUGCCUGAGCUGGAAGAGGGCAAGAAGGAGAAGGUCAAGGCGGAGUGGGAGUGGGAUGCCCUUCCGGGCCAAGAGGGCGUUAUCGAUCUUCACACGGACGAGGCUCCUCAGCUUCUCAGCAAGGAGCUCGCGGCGCGUCACCUUCUCUUCCGCGAGGCGUUCGCCGUGCCCGAAACCAAGUCGCUCGACCUUGAUGCGGACGUCAACGGCCCCACACCCGUCAUCUCCACUCUCCGGCCCUCUACGCACGACGAGACCUUCCUCGUCACCGUCACCGAGAACCGGCGGCUCACUCCCCAGACGUACGACCGGAACGUCUUCCACCUGGAGCUGGACUCGGCGGGCACGGGUCUCAAGUACGAGAUUGGCGAGGCAAUCGGGAUCCACGGGUGGAAUGACGGGCCCGAAGUCCUCUCGUUCUGCGAGUGGUACGGUCUUGACCCGGACGCGCUCGUCACCUUCCCCAACCCCCUCAAGGCGGGCACUAUGGAGACGCGAACCAUCUUCCAACUCCUCCAGCAAAACGUCGACCUCUUUGGUCGGCCCGGUAAAGCCUACUACGCGGCCCUCGCCAAGCUCGCUACCAAGAAAUCGGACGCGAUGACGCUCAAAUUCAUCUCGGCGCCAGAGGGCGCGGAACUGUUCAAGAAGAUGGCAGAAAAGGAGACGGUGACGUUUGCGGAUGUGCUGUACAGGUUCAGGACGGCCAGGCCGGGGAUCGAGGGGCUGGUGGGGUUGAUUCCGGAGAUCAAGCCGAGGCAUUACUCGAUUGCGAGCAGUCAAAAGGCGGUUGGGGACAAGGUCGAGUUGUUGAUUGUUACGGUUGACUGGUUGAGCUCUACCGGCUCACCCCGGUAUGGUCAGUGCACGCGGUACCUCGCCGCCCUCGCCCCCGGCGCCCAAGUGACCGUUUCUAUCAAGCCCUCCGUCAUGAAGCUCCCUCCCUCCGACAAGCAACCCAUCAUCAUGGCCGGUCUCGGUACCGGAGCCGCCCCCUUCCGCGCCUUUAUGCAGCACCGUGCCUGGCAGCGCACGCAGGGCAUCGACGUCGGACCCCUCCUCUACUACUUUGGCUCGCGCUACCGCUCCCAAGAGUACCUGUACGGCGAGGAAAUCGAGGCGUACAUUGCUUCGGGCGUCAUUGCGCAUGCGGGGCUCGCGUUCUCGCGAGACGGCAAGGACAAGGUGUACAUCCAGCACAAGAUGAUGCAAGACAAGAAGCUCCUCGCGGAUCUGAUGAGUGGCAAAGGGGACGAGGCGGCCUACUUUUACCUGUGUGGACCGACUUGGCCGGUACCGGAUGUGUAUGAGGCGCUGGUGGGGAGCUUGGUGGAGGAGAAGGGAAUGGAGAGGAAGCGGGCGGAAGAGUUUAUUGAGGAGCUCAAGGAGGAGGAGAGGUAUGUGUUGGAAGUCUACUAG